AUGAUUAUUUUAGAGGUUUGCAACCGGGCUGUAGAAGAAAUUCUAAUAACCAGAUUUGAACAGGCAAAAGACGAAUCUAGAUAUGAUAAACUUGACUACACCGUUGCGGACUUCGAUAGUGUUGUCUACACUAUAAGUAAUCCAAACAAUGACAAGAAAAAGAUACUCGUCAGUAUAUACAUCAAAUUCUUCUCCGAAUUGAAAGAACAUGGAGUUAAUGAGGUACUGGCUCGUGAAUAUGGUGAUCUACUUCUUUCUCCAGCAGAGGCUAAUCAGAGUGUAACGUUAUGCAUAGAUUUAGAGAAACUACCUUCGGAUCAUAAUCAAUUAGCUCGUAAAUGUGGUCUUUUGAAAAGAAAUUGUAUGGCAGCUGUUUUUGAGAAAUUCUUUCAAUAUCAAAUUCAAUCUAGUGCGCACUCAGUUUCUAAGCGGGCUGUGAUACACUAUAGAGAUGAUGAAACAAUGUAUGUACAAGCAUUAGCUGACCGAGUUACAGUUAUUUUUAGUACAACAUUUAAAGAUCCAGAUGAUUUGUUAAUUGGAAAAGUGUUUAUGCAAGAAUUCACUGAGGUACGAAGACGUCUUGAUAGAGCACCUCAAGUAUUGUAUUCACAUCGUGUUCCACCAAAAGAAUUAGAAGGAACUGAUGCAGUUAUUAGUGAUUCAGUUGCGUAUAUCACUUUUGUGCUUUUUCCACGUCAUUUAUCUACUGAAUCUGGACGUAAUUCUACUAUUGAUUUAAUACAAACAUUAAGAAAUUAUCUACAUUAUCAUAUUAAAUGUUCCAAAGCUUAUAUGCAAAUGCGUAUGCGUGCUAAAACAGUGGAAUUUUUGAAAGUACUUAAUCGUGCUCAUAUUGAUCAUCCAACUAAUACUGUGAUUAAUAUGAAUGUUACAACUAUCACUGGUGGUGGUGGUGCAGGUGGUGGUGUUGGCGGUGCCUAA